UUUGCCUUGUAGAGAGAGGGGUAGGAGUCACAGUUCUGAACAUACAGACCUUUACUUUCACUCUUCUGGGAACUCUUAACAACUCGGCUGCAAGUCUCUACUCACUCUCUUAUGCGUUCCUCCAGCACUUUGAAGCAAUACGUUUUUAAGGGGAAGCGGCUUCCAGCACAGAGAAGUAAAAACACAAGAAGACAGCUCACGAAAAACUACAACACGCAGCCAUGAAGGACAAAGUGAGGAGAGGAGGAGGAAGAAAUCAGGCCAAGGCUGAUGCAAUGAGCAUGACUGGUGGAAAAGAUGAUGUUGGUGUUAGGCAACACGAGGAUACAUCGUUCCCUGUGAAGAUACAGGGAGCAGGAGUAGAGCCAUUUGACUUGCAGGUCCAUGGAUUUUGGCUUGUUCAAGAUGCAGUAAUGGCUCUACUUUCCAGAGAUGAGGUGUGUCCCCGUUCCAACUUGUCACUGUCACUCGCUGGUACGACUCUGGAACCCCUCGCAGAACUGCAAAGCCUUAAGGGGCUUAAACCAGGUGCCAUUCUUCGCCUGGUGGAAGAACCCUACACCGCCCGCUCAUCCAGGCACCAUCUGGCUCGUGUGCUGGAGCUGCUGAGAGCGUCUGGACCUCAGGAUGCACUGAGAGAAGGACGCUCACCAAGCAUACUGGAGACACUCACACAUACACAUACACAAACACCAGACUCUAGAAUACCGAAUGGAAAGACCCUGAAACGCUCUUUAAGCAACACAAAAACAGAAACGACCAACCAAGAUGUAGCUCCACCUGAGUACCUCCUGCCUGGUUCCUCAGAGAGACCACUCAUGGCUCUGCUACCACACAGCUCCCAACCAGAGGCUCCCAGCUACCUGAGGGACUUGUCUCUCAGCUGUUGGAACCCGGCUCCGGGACACAGGAAGCUGCAGGGAGACUUCCUGUACAUCACUGUGGUGACAAUGGAGGAACGACGGUGUGACAUCACAUCCUGUCCUAAAGGUUUCUUCCUCAAUAGGUCUACAGAAGGAGUGUUUGAUCCUCGUCCUGCACAGUCUUCCCCAGUUUGUCACAGUUUCACUGACCUGCUCUGUUACAUCAGCCCUGUCUUCAAACAAACUUUGACCACACUUAAAAACGGCUCUCAGUUACCUCCAGUGGAGGUGAUGCCCACUCCUUACCAUACCCUGAGCUGGCUUGGGCCUCCCUGCGCCUCUCGCACUCACAAAAACACCUUCAGCCGACUGGGAGUGGAUGAACAGCCAGAAACACAGGCUCCAGACUGGAAUGAGGAGAUGCAAGUUGCCAGAGAUCUUCCACAAGGCAGUCUGGAGGAGAGGCUGCAGAGAGACAGAGCUAUACUCCAGGUAAAUGGUGCAUUUGUCAGGGCUGUGACGCAGGGGGCUGAAAUGGUUGUAGACGGCUUUGUGGACCCGGUGAAUGGAAACCCUGAAGACCCAGCUUUCCUGUGGGGCGGCCUCUUCAUCAGCCAGGGGGCAACAAGCGCAAUGUUUGGUGGUUACAGGGGUCGCAGGGCUGCUCAGAGACUGGAGCUUCAAGGAGUACAGGCCUACAGUAACAUCACUGAGCUGCAGGGGCUGCACAUUCUACCUACAGCCAUCGUAGACUACAGAGGAGUACGUCUGUCUGCUCAGGGUCUGGCCCCUGGGCUGGAAGGCUCAGAGCAGGACCAGGCAGCAGCUGCUCCUGCCUCAAGAGGCUUGCUGUAUGGGAUGAAUGCAGGACCCCAAGAGUCUCCCCAACGCAGACAGCUGCUACAGCUUUUGGCUCAGGCUGCCAAAUAUCUCUCUCUCCAGAGACAUGUUGUUGUGGGGCACAACAAUCACAAGGUACCACUGUUCACCUCAGUGGAUGCUCAAGGACUGUUGGGGGCUGAUGGGAGGUUCUACAUACUGGAUGUGUUCAGGACCUUCCCAGCUGAUGCAAACUUCUGCCCAGAGGUGGAGACAGAAGGCCAGACAGUAACUGGAGAAGAGGAGAGUAAUAAAAGCUGUGAAGAGGGCGAGGAGAAGAAGGGUUGUGUAAAAGAAGGAUGGCCAGAGAAUUAUCACUCAGACGCUGGGCUUCCAAAGAGCUUUCCCCACGGACUCUGUAGACUGAGGCCAGAGCUGGUGCAGGCCUUCAUCCAGCACAAACAUUGCCAGUACACUCAGCAUGUCAGGGAGACGUUGGAUGAGAAUGGAGGAUUAGAAGAAUGUGCAACAGCUUGCGAUUCUCGAGCCACUACGGCAGUACGAGCUGCUUGUAAAGCAGUGGGCUCAGUCAGCGACAUCAUCUUUGAGAUGCGCUUAAACCCAAGUGUCUUCUCUCCAGAAGUAUCCUUCCCUCCUGGUGAAAGUACGACAACAAAGCUGCAGGAGAGGUUACUGAGGGAAGCCGCCGCUUUCAUCAUCACACAUCAGAUACCAGCCUUUUUGGAGUAUUGCCUACACAGCAAUGAGGCACCAAUGGAUGGAGCUUCUCUAAAGCAGGCGCUACAUCAGAGAGGCAUCAGCCUCCGGUAUCUGGGCCAUGUGAUCACAAACAUCAGCCAGUCAGAACACAAGGAGCGCCUGAGGCAUAUAAUGAGAUCGGUCAUAGGUGAAAUAUUCACCCGCUCAACAAGAAGAGUGUUCAACAAUUUCCUCCAGGGUGUGGACAUGCCUAGUCUCUCUGCAGCUGUCAGUCACUUCCUGUGCUGCCUAUUGGUUCCUCACUUCACACCCGCUCCUGUGGGGGAAGAGACUAAGAAAAAGUCAAGGCGACGUGGCCGAGGGGCCGGGGCCGGGGCCGCUGAAAGCACGCUCUGGAGCACGCUUACAGGUGCUGAGCUGUGGAACCUGAUCUGCCAGGAUGCAGCUGAAACAUAUGGCAUCUCUGACGACCUUGGCUCUGGUCCAAACCACCUGGUGGAGCAUUACGGCCUUCAAAAGCUCUCUUUGCUCAGAGAGUUCUGUUUAAAGACCGGAGUACAGUUGAGACUGAGAGACUACGUCCUCGACAACCAAAAUAAAGCUCCCAUUGGUCCAGACGACGUCCUCAACAUCUUCCCUGUUGUCAAGCACAUUGAAAUGCCAACUGUGGAUGCUUCAAAAGCACACCGUACUGCACAGGCCUUCAUUCAGAAGGGUCUGCUGGAUAAGGCCCAUGAAAACCUGAAAGAAGCAGUCUUCUUGUUUGGUAGAGUGUGUGACCUGAACCCUGAGGCCUGUUAUUGCCACAACCUGUUGGCCAAGGUGGCCUUCGUGCAGGGCAAAGCAGCUGAGGCUCGCAGUAUCCAGCUGAAAGCAGUGGUCAUCAGUGAGAGAGUUUUUGGCUUUGACCAUCCAAACACAAUCCAGCAAUAUGCCCUCUUGGCUGUGUAUGUGUUUGCUGGAGGGGAGACGGCCCUGGCCCAGAAGUGUCUUCUCAGAGCUCGUCUGUUAAUGCUAACAGUCCACGGAGAGGACCAUCCCUACAUCGCAACACUGGAUACUUGUCUUGGGUUGGUGCUGACCGGGGAUCAGAAAGAGCAGUUCUUAAAGAACGCCCUCAGACUCAACACCUCCUUCUUCGGCCCCUCACAUGUGCAUACUGCUCUCAAUCAGCACCUGUUGGCCCAGUGGAUGUGCAGCAAGGGAGAAUACAGAAGUGCUAUGACCCAUGAGAAAGAGGCGCUCACUGCUUUUACUUCCAUGGUCAGUAUAUCUGCUUGCGAGAUAGGAGACAAAGAGGGGGGUGAGAUAGUAAUAGCUGUGGAAGGAGAGCGAUAUGAUGUACAUGUCAGGGAGAGGAAGCGCUAUGCUGUGUACUGGGAGCAAGGCCCCACUGAAGUACGCCGCUGUUCCUGGUUCUAUAAAGGAGAUAAAGACACCAGGUUCAUGCCGUACCCUGAGGACUUCUGCAAGAACCUGGAGGAGGCCUAUAUGAUUGCAGUCACCUUGAACGAAUGGAAGAGGAAACUGGAGUUUCCCAAUGGAGAAACUGUCAUCUUACACAAUCCCAAGCUGAUAAUGCAGUAUCAGCCAAUGGGAUUGCAGGAUGAGUGGGUGUCCUCCCCCUCGGAGCAGACCCGGCCUCGAACAGUCAAAAGGGGAGUGGACAACAUCUCUGUAGAAAUACCUGAUGGUGAACCAGAAAAGGUGGAUCACCUUGUCUUUAUGGUCCAUGGCAUCGGCCCUGCCUGUGACCUGCGCUUCAGAUCCAUCAUACAGUGUGUAAAUGACUUCAGGAGUGCUUCCCUGUCCCUCUUGGCCUCUCACUAUAAGCGUGCCCAGCAGGAUGGCCAGGUAGGAAGAGUGGAGUUCCUCCCAGUCAACUGGCACAGCGCUUUACACGGAGAUGCCACUGGUGUGGACGAGGAUAUCCAGAGGAUCACUCUCCCCAGCAUCAGCAGGCUGAGACAUUUCACCAACGACACUCUGCUGGACCUGUUUUUCUAUAACAGCCCCACCUACUGCCAGACCAUAGUGGACACAGUGGCCUCAGAGAUCAACAAGCUCCACACCCUCUUCAAACAGAGACACACAGAGUUCAAUGGGGCCAUUUCAGUAGUGGGCCAUAGCCUGGGUUCACUGAUCCUGUUUGACCUGCUAACCAAUCAGAGGACUGGAUCAGAAGCCAGAGAGGGGGUUCCCUCUGGUGAGCCCUUUCGUCUGAGCGGUGACACACUGCAGGAGACUCUGACCAGACUGGACCUACAGCAAUACCUGGAUACACUACAGGCAGAAAACCUAGACCUGGAAUCACUGGCUCUUUGCCAAGACGGUGAUCUCAAAGAUUUAGGAAUUCCUCUUGGACCUCGGAAGAAGAUCCUGAACUACGUCAGGAGAAAAUGGCUUUCAGAGAAUUGUAAGACGGGGGGAGUACAUCUGCCACCAGGGUUGCAAGUUCCACCUCAAGUGACCAGCGAUCACGAUGGAGACCAAUCUUCAGGAGUGACGACGCCGCAGUCCCAGUUCCACAGGGCGCAGUCUGUCACCAGUGCCGUGGACUACGAAUACUUUAACGUCGGCAUCGGACAGGUAUCCAUUGAUUACCCACAGCUGGCUUUCCACCCUCAAACAUUUUUUGCAUUUGGCUCUCCUAUUGGAAUGUUCCUGACCGUUCGUGGGCUCAAACACAUCGAUCCCAACUACACCUUCCCAACCUGCAAGAGCUUUUACAACAUCUACCACCCGUAUGACCCCGUGGCCUAUCGGUUAGAGCCCAUGAUUGUAACAGAGGUGGAUCUAGAGCCCAUGCUGAUCCCUCAUCAUAAAGGCCGCAAGAGAAUGCACCUGGAACUAAAGGACAGCUUGACCCGUAUGAGCAUGGAUUUGAAGAACAAUGUUUUGGGAUCGUUACGGACGGCGUGGCAGUCCUUUGCGAGACUACCAGUUGCUGCACUGCCCCCAGUGGACGAUGGAGACACUACAAUAGCGGGACACCUCCAAGAGACACAGGCCUCAGCGGCAGUCACUGAUUCUGCUAAGAGGGACGGGAAAAGUGCUGAUAUUUGGACUAAAAUACUGGAGUGGCCCAGGGCCCUUCAUAAGCAUUACUUCAAAGGAUCGUGUGACGAGGUAGAGUCCUCAGUAUCAGCAGAGCAGAGGGAGCAGUCUGAGAUUAAAGUGGGGAUGUUGAAUGGAGGACGAAGGAUCGACUUUGUACUUCAGGAAAAACCCAUCGAGAGCUUCAACGAGUACCUGUUUGCCAUCCAGUCACAUCUGUGUUACUGGGAAUCUGAAGAUACUGCUCUCCUGCUGCUGAAGGAGAUCUAUGACAAGCUAGGUGUGGCCUUUGAACAGCCACAACAGUAAUACAGUUUAAUAAUUGUAGACUUGCUUUCUAACAUGACAUUAACCUCAAAGGUAGAAAGUGAAGGACAGCUGUCAGAGCCAGAGGCCGCACAAUCCUCUUCCAUAAUGCCUUACCGUCUGGGUGUUACCUGACUGCCCCGCCUUCUCCUUCUUUGACAAUGGAGACUGUUUGGCUGCAGUCAGGCGAUCUUGGUUCAGAUAUCUCAGUGAACCUUCAUUUGAGGUUGCUGUGGCUUCUUGGUGCUGCCUAAACUCCCACUGCAGGAAUGGUGUCCGAUAUUUGUUUCAGAUCCAGCCGAACAUCAGUGUCAUGCUCCUAGUUGCACUUUUCCCAUUCAUUCUUCAUUUGACAUUACUUUGCACUUUUAUUUUUCCAACAAUUUAAUAUCAUGCAUACAGCUGCAGCUGAAUAAUUAUUUAAAAAAUAUGUAUCAUGAUAACCAGAAGACAAAAACAAGUUGCGUAUCAAUGUAUUUGACAACAAAACAUUUUUUUUAUCUCAGAAUAUAUAUGUAUAGAUAUAUAUAAAUUAGAUUAUAAUCUUUAAAAAAAUAAUAUUCCCAGCCCUAUGUAAAGCCUCCAGAUAUGUAGAACUAUUAUUAUAAUUAAAUUGACAAUAGACAAGUCUUUCGCUCAGUGCUUGCUUUAACUUGUCAUUAUUAAGUACAUUUUGAUUACACAAUGUAAUGACUAAUGUAACUAGAACUGGCUCCAAAAUUUGCCAGAUGACAUCAUUCAAUUUGCAUAUUGAUUACAUCAUUGUCCUUUUAUUUGCAUGAAGCUUAGUGCUUGAGUUGAAAAGUUGUCUAUUUGCCACUUUAACUAUAAGUAUGUUCAACAGGGUAUCUCACCCUUUAAACUUAAGCUGUCUCGACCAAGGAAGCUCUCCCUUAGCCUCCCAGUAGACCUUCAUAAAUAAACAGGUCCGAUGGUUUCAUUUGUUUGACUAUAACCAGUCAAUAUGAAAUGUUUAGGUUCUAAAGGGAAAUUAAGGUUGAUAUUUUGUAUCCUGGCAGCUCCAUUUGUGCAAUAUGACAAUGAUGUUGAGGUCACUUGUUUUUCCUUUCACAGAUGUAAGCAAGUGAAGUUCAUCUUGCCUUCUAAUAAUAUUUAUUAUUGCACUUGCAAUAUGAAUUUCAGUUUAAACAAAUUGGCACCUGUGUCUAAAUGAAGGGAUCCUGAUGAAUAAUUUAGUCAGAAAUUAAGUAGAAAGAUGCAUGUGCUUGAAAGGACAAGCUGGUUGUCUUGUCCAUAGUUUGUGUAUGUAUGUACUGGAUGUGCGGUGAGUACAGUAUUAUAUUACUGUACAGAAAGGCCAGUUCCACUUCAUCUCCCAGAGGUCUGUGCCAUUCCUCCUCUAUCACUUUUGACACAAAAGUCCUUCGUUCUCUAAUUCCUAACAGCAGUGUGUCUGUGUGUGUGUGUGUGUGUGUGUGUGUGUGUGUGUGUGUGUGUGUGUGUGUGUGUGUGUG